CUGAUAUGGAAGAUAUUAAGGUUUUAUUGUUUUCUGAUUGAUAUGGUCCCCAAGCCUCGCCUCUUGGCAGCCACUGCAGGGCCACAUCUAACCCAGGACCAUAAAAAGGAGCCAUAUCCUGCUCUGAGAAUGACUCUGGCAGUGCCGUUUGCAUCUGACAGGAGUCUUGACAGGGCUACAGAGAGAGAGAGGCAGCUGGACCAUGGACGCUAAGAACGAGCUGGUGGUUUACUAUGUGAACUGGGAGAAAGAGCAGAAUGCCACUGCCCACCACACGUCCGCGUUCCAGACCAAGAAGCUCGUGCUGAGGCGAGGACAGAUGUUCAACAUGAAGUUGAUCCUAAGCCGACCUAUCGAAACUCGGGACGAACUGAAGCUGACCUUCACUACUGGACCGAAGUCCUCACGCACCACGGUGGUGCUUGAUCCUUUGGCAGCCUUCCGGUCUAAGGGCUGGCAAGUGAAGAUUACCAAACAGGCUGGCGUAGAGGUCACACUGACUGUCAUCAGCUCCGCCAGUGCCGGAGUGGGAAAGUACAAACUGACCGUGAACGAUUAUAAAGCUGGGCUCUUCUUCCUUCUCUUCAACCCGUGGUGCGCAGAUGACAUCGUUUUCAUGUCUAGUGAGGAGGAUCGGCAGGAAUACAUCCUUAAUGACACCGGCUACAUUUACAUGGGCUUUGCCAAACAAAUUAAAGAGAAGCCCUGGACCUUCGGUCAGUUUGAGAAACAUGUCCUGAACUGCUGCUUCUCCUUGCUGACCCACCUGGAGCCCAGUGAGUUGCAGAGCCCGGUGGCUGUGUCCAGGACCAUAUGCACCAUGAUGUGUGCUGUGAACAACGGCGUGCUGGUGGGGAACUGGUCGGGGGACUACAGCAGGGGCACAGCCCCGUACGUGUGGAGCAGCAGCGUGCCCAUCCUGCAGCAGCACUACAUCACCAGGGUGCCCGUGUGCUUCGGGCAGUGCUGGGUCUUCUCUGGAAUCCUGACCACAGCACUCAGGGCAGUGGGCAUCCCAGCUCGCAGUGUGACCAACUUUGAGUCAGCACACGACACAGAAAAGAACCUCACGGUAGACAUCUACCUGGAUGAAUCUGGCAAGACAAUCCCACAUCUGACCAAGGACUCAGUCUGGAAUUUCCACGUGUGGACAGAUGCCUGGAUGAAAAGGCAGGAUCUCCCGCAGGGUAAUGACGGCUGGCAGGUCCUGGAUGCUACACCACAGGAAAUUAGCGAGGGGAGCUUCCGCACGGGCCCUUCUCCACUGAGUGCCAUCCGCCAGGGCGCAGUCAACAUCAAGUAUGACACCAAGUUCGUCUUCACGGAGGUGAAUGGUGACAAGUUCAUCUGGCUGGUGAAGCAGAGCCAGGGGAGGGACAAGAAUGUGCUAAUCGCUGUGGAGACCGCGAGCAUUGGCAGGAACAUCAGCACCAAGAUGGUGGGCCAGAACAGACGUGAGGACAUCACCUUGCAGUACAAGUUCACUGAAGGCUCCCCGGAGGAAAGGAAGGCCAUGGAAAAUGCCUCUGGUAACCGUCCUGAUGAGGACAAGCCCAACACUCGCUCUCCAAACAGCACUCUUCGCCUAUCCGUCCUUCAGAACUCGGUGGAGCUAGGAUAUCCUAUCACUUUGACCCUAAUUUUGAAAAGGAAAACAGGCACCCCACAGAAUGUCAACAUUUCAUGCUCCCUCGACCUACAGACAUACACGGGCAGCAAGAAGACAAACCUGGGGAUCAUCCAGAAGACUGUGCACGUCCAAGGUCAAGAAUCCGAGGUGGCUCUCAGCAUGGACGCCAACUCCUACAUCUACAAACUGGGCAUGGUUGAUGAUGAGCUGGUCAUCAAAGGGUUCAUCAUUGCAGAGAUCAUGGAGUCUGGGGACAGGGUGGCCACUGACACAACCCUGUGUUUCCUGUACCCUGCUUUCUCUAUAGAGAUGCCGAGCACAGGCAGGGUCAACGAGCCCCUCCUCAUCACCUGCAUCUUCAAGAACACCCUGCCCAUCCCUCUGACCAACAUCAGGUUCUCAGUGGAGAGCCUGGGCCUCGCUCACAUGAAAUCCUGGGAACAAGGGGCACUGGCACCUGGAAACACCAUUAAUUUCCAAAUGAAAUGCAAUCCAGUGAAAACUGGACCCAGGAAAUUUAUUGUCAAGUUUACUUCCAAGCAAGUGAAGGAGGUUCAUGCUGAGAAGAUCGUCCUCAUCACCAAGUAGCCCAUCCGUGACCAUAGAGACAGAGGCGGGAGCCCUGAUUGGCUCUGAGCCUUGGCUAAGCAUGUUAGCAUUUCCUAAACUGCGCUUAGCUUUCAGGUCAGGGAUGAUUAGAUUAGAUUACUACUCAUGUGAGGGCAGAUUCAAGAGCCAGUCCAGCAAAAGAUAAACCCCGAAGGCCAAUGUAACCACAGGCAGUAGCCGCACGGGGCCAGGGCACCACUCUCCAGCUUGAAGUACACGUCAUGGCCUCAGAAGACAAUGCCAGCACCGUCUGGGCUCAGAACCAACAGGUGAGACCAGAGCUGGAGGAGGUGGCGGCACCUUCCUCCUGGACCAUGCGGAGCCUGGAGGCUGCGU